AUGACAUCGCUGUCGUCCGAGCUCUCAUCUGCAGAAAAAGAAUGGGUUAUGUUGCAGCCACUUCUGCUAUCUCAUGGAUAUCAACUUCCCCCCAGAUAUCAGCCAAACUGGAAACCAUCUUGGGAAAAGCGUUGGAACUUUAAAUACAAAACUGAAUGCCCGGAUUUUUUUCCUUUGCUUCAUCAUGAUAUCAUGGACGCAGUGCGAGUGAAAGACGGUGUUGAGGUGGCCAUCAAACAUGUGGUGUUGGAAGAGGACAAUGUGCCACUUCUACAAUAUUUGAAUUCGCCAGAAAUGCUCAAGGAUUCACGGAAUAACGCUGUGCGCCUUCUUGAUGUAAUUUCUGUCCCUAAUACGAGCGAUAUCUUCCCCAAACCAUCAGUGCUCCUUGUGAUGCCAAAACUUUUCCCUUUAUUUUCAUUUCAUCUUCCGUUUCGGCAUGUCAGAGAGGUACUCGACGCCUUGCAGCAAAUUAUGGAGGGUAUUGUCUUUCUGCAUGAACACCGAAUUGCCCAUCGCGAUGCGUGCACUCACAACUUCAUGAUGGACCCAACAGAUGUCAUACCCAGCGGCUUUCACCUCUCAAACAAUCGUUGCCAACCUGAUGGCGUAACUCGUAUUCACUUUAGGGACCGCUGUUCAUUUCCACAACUCAGGUACUACUUGAUUGACUUCGAAACAGCGGAAUUUUUCCCCCCAAAUUCCCUUACUAUCGGUAGAUAUGGGCAGGUGAAAGACGUCCCAGAGAUGUCCGAAACAGUGCCGUACGAUCCCUUCAAAUUGGAUGUAUACCAGGUUGGAUCGCUCGUCAAGACACUCAUUGAGUUAUAUGAAGGACUCGACUUUCUGGUGCCCCUUAGAGAUAUCAUGAGAUGUCCUAACCCUGAACUCCGACCAACCGCUUCCGAAUCUUUGAGUCAAUUGCAUGGUAUUGUAUCUCAAUUAGAGCAAACUUAUCUCUCUCAUGAGAUCUGGCUCAAAGACAGUACACCCAUUUUUCCGAAAUAUCAAACUGUAUCUCCUGAUGAGAAGGCAAAAUGGUGGAAAUUUGGGAAGUUGGCUCAGUUAAUUUGUGGGGCGAACAAGUCGACAAGGCUCAAUGUUCUUUAA